AUGUCGUCGAAGUCGGUGGGUUCUCGACUCGAGUUCAAGGGGUAAGUCAACUUUAUACAAUGUGUCAAAUAUUAAUUACAGUACCACCUUCCUCAGCCGCCUUCUUGAUCUGCCCGAAAUCAAUUGGGAGGAACUCUUACCGGCUCAUUUCUUCUACGAUUCCGAUGGUGAGAAAUUUGUGAUGAUCAGUGGGAAGAUGAUCGAUGAUUUCAUUUUUUGGGUAAGACUUCUCUUCAGAUAGUCUUGGAUGUUUUCGGAUUGGUUACCGUAUCUCCCUUUUAAGCAGCGAUAUUUACAACAAGAAAUUGUAUCGAAGAAGAAACAAGUCAGCGAAGUCAAUAAGAAGGCAAGGGAAAAAAUGAAGACGUUGAGCAGUUACAAGUACGAGGACUAUGGCCAUAUUGUGGCCAAAUACAAGUUGGAGGUUGAGAACGCCAUGUUUGAAGAGCUGCAAAAGAAGUUGAACAUGGUGGGGAAGGAGGAAGAAGAGGUCAAGGCAAAGGAAUUAGAAGCAACCAAAAUGCCAGGAAGCGGAGAUGGAAAAGGAUUUUUGAUUAUGAUCCGGGGCAAAGCCAAAGACUUAUUCAAUCGCAAGGCUCUUUAA